AAAGUUGAAAUCCUGCCCCCGGCCCAGCUCACAGUACUGCUACUCCCUCUCUCUCUCUCUCUCUCUCUCUCUCUCUCAACUUCCCGGUUAGAUCUCAGAUUAUUAGACUCAGAUCAGAUCCUAGUUGCGAAGGUAGAUUCAUUUUGAUUCUUGGUAUAUUAUCGGAACAGAACAACGAGAUUCAGAAAUAUGGAUUCGUCAACAAUGCUAUUCAACCAGCUCAAGACGGCAGAACCAUUCUUUUUGUUAGCGGGUCCCAAUGUGAUCGAAUCAGAGGAGCACAUUUUCAGGAUGGCCAAGAACUUAAAGACUAUCGCAUCCAAACUCGGGUUGCAGCUGGUUUUCAAGUCAAGCUUCGACAAAGCGAAUCGAACAUCCUCUAAAUCAUUUCGUGGUCCUGGCCUCACUGAAGGCUUGAAGAUUCUUGAGAAGGUUAAAGUAGCUUAUGACAUCCCCAUAGUGACUGAUGUGCAUGAGUCUAUCCAGUGUGAAGAAGUUGGCAGAGUGGCAGAUAUAAUUCAGAUUCCAGCUUUUUUAUGCCGACAGACAGAUCUCUUAGUUGCAGCGGCCAAGACUGGAAAGAUUAUCAAUAUCAAGAAAGGCCAAUUCUGUGCUCCUUCAGUCAUGGUAAAUUCUGCUGAUAAGGUUAGAUUGGCUGGAAAUCAAAAUGUCAUGGUUUGUGAAAGAGGAACGAUGUUUGGCUACAAUGAUUUGAUUGUUGAUCCACGCAACUUGGAGUGGAUGAGAGAAGCUAAUUGUCCUAUUGUGGCUGACAUCACGCAUUCAUUGCAACAGCCUGCUGGGAAAAAGCUGGAAGGUGGUGGUGUUGCGAGCGGAGGUCUUCGUGAACUAAUACCAUGCAUUGCAAGGACAGCAGUUGCUGUUGGAGUUGAUGGAAUUUUCAUGGAGGUGCAUGAUGAUCCCCUAAAUGCUCCAGUUGAUGGUCCAACGCAGUGGCCUCUUCGCCAUUUGGAGGAACUGCUACAAGAGCUUUUGGCAAUUGCUAAGGUUAGCAAGGGGAAGCAACAGUUCAAAAUUGAUCUCACUCCUUUCCGUGAUUAGAAGAAGUUCACGCGUCCCAUGCAUAAACAAAAACUGCUGGAUACGGUCUCUUUUAUCCGAUCAAACCUUUGAGAUGCAAGCAAUGUAGUUUACAACUUCCAUCUUGAUGCUUCUAUUGAUGAGUUAACUUGAUGUGUAUUAUCUGUGUCACAAAAAAAUAUUCUUCAAUUAGGAAGUUAUGAAAGCCGUUUCUUCUGCUCAGAGUAUUGUUGACUUCAUUUAAUGGUUAUGACCAACCUUUUGGUUGUUGUAUUAUGUAUGGACAUAUUAAACAUAAGUCUUCUCUGUAUACAGACACAUAUAUGUUGAGAUUCUUCUGAAUUAUCAAUGCAUAAGGAUAAGAGAUAACUAGUUUUUUUUUCA